AUGCACGAAGUCAUUAGUGAUUACGCAAAGGAGAUCGGGGUUGAGCUUCAAUUCGGCAAGACCGUGGUUCAGUAUUUGGAUAACAAAAGCGAACUAGGAGUCCUGACGAAGGACGGCGAAAAGAUCCUAGGAGAUGUUGUCCUUGCUUGCGAUGGACCUCGGUCGCUUGCUCGAUCGCAAGUCCUCGGACUGUCCGACAACAAGGUUAAUUCAGGCUACGCAAUCUUCAGAGCUUACUAUGAACUGACCGACGAGCAACAAAAAAAUCUCCUAAUUGCCAAAUAUAUCAAUGUGGAUCAAGAUCAAGCUCUCAUGCACAUUGGUAGAGAUAUGCACAGCUUCAUCUACACUUGGAUGAGAGGAACGCAUCUUGUUUGGGUCCUGACACACAAAGAUGAUGAAGAUAUUGGGGAGUCUUGGUCUUUCCCAGGGAAGAUCCCCGACGUGCUGAAAUAUCUCGACCAAGGUGGAUUCAGCGACAACUUCAAAGAGGUCGUCCGGAAUACGCCAGAUGAUAGAUUAGUCGAUUACAAGUUGGUAUGGCGUGAUCCCCUACAGAGCUGGCUGGCUCCAUCGAAUCGCAUCAUUCUACUAGGGGAUGCUGCUCACUGCCAUCUCCCGACGUCUGCCCAAGGGGCGUGCCAAGCCCUCGAGGACGCGGUGACUUUUGCAGUUUGUUUGGAGAAGGGGAACGGGGACAUCCCGCUCUCAUUACAGGUCGUGGAACGCAUCAGAUUCAACCGCAGUCACGCUAUACACAUGUCUUCUGUGUCUAAUAGAAACAACUACCACAACUGGGAUUGGACCCCCGAGCUGGCAGCUAAAUACCCUGAUGUCUUGACUGUCCCUCGUCCAGAUUGGGUUGUCGAAUUUGACGCGAGAAAGAACGCGGAAGAACACUUUGAUCAGCUUGCCGCCGAUGUGAAAGCUGGAAAGAAGGGUACAAUCCAAGAACUUUCAUUGGCUGCUGGCGGGUCAUAUGGCAUCUUCGAAGGAGAUUUUGAUGGUAGUAACCUGGAAGUGUAG